GAGCAAGAUAAAACGAGAACAGGAACAUCAAGAUGGCUGCUGGUUCUUCAGAGUUGACGCGGGAAAUGCAUGAGGCUUUGCUGGCGUUGGAAGAGGAGCGAAAGAGGAUCAUUGAACAGUACAGCGCUGCAGAUACACAUACAUCACGUGGAAUAAGUUUCCAAUCACAGCAAAAACAGCGUGGCACUUGCGAAGACGGAGAUGCUACUUUGGCAAGGCCAUCUUCCAGCCAGAACGUGACACACAACGAUGAUGGUGAGGAGGGAGCAAGGCGGCCUCCGCGUGGGGGGCGAACACGCGGGCCAGGAUCUGCCGCAUCCUCAUCGGCAUUUCAGCAGCCGUCAGGUUUCUUCUCGAACGAAGGAGAGCAUAUAAACUUUCAUGAAGGUCCUACAAAUAUGCAGGGCCAUCAACAUCACCAGCAAGCUUUAUUUAGGUCGACGGAAGGAGGUCGGAUGGCGGAUUUGGAUAACAUGUCGAUGCUGCCGGCCAUGGGAGCCCCCGGCGGCGGCAAUAAAGCCGAUAAUAUGGACCAUAUCUACCGCGACGACUGGAGUACAAGUGACGAGGGCGAGGAUCCACAACUGGAAGGCUUCAGUCUGGAAGAUUUUGGUCAAUGGCCGGUUUUCCCACCGCCACCACGCUUUCCUCGCGACGAGCCGCCAACAGAUGCGCAAAGUAAUCUUGUACCUGGUGCUGCUGCCGUUCCGUCGACUAGUACAUCAACCAGCCGAGCAGGUGGUGGAACACGGAGCGCCGGCAGUUGGGCGAGCACUGGGCUGACGCGGGCACUGAACACGACGCAGCAGCGUCCACUGCUGUCAACAAGGACGUCGACCAGGCGUACAGACUACACUGAUGCAGAGAUAUCGGCGCUGCUGGCGAAAGCUAAGCGCAGGCAAAUGAAAAUAGGUCAGAAG